CAGGGGUCCUCCGACGGGGGAGAGGAGUGCUUGGAGGAGGGCAGAGCAAGGCUGGCUCAACAAACGAACCCUCCGCCGUCUGCCGCCAGAGAAGCAGGUUAGGAAAGGAUUGGGAAGGAUCCCCAGAGGAUGGGGAAGAGGAAGACACAGCCAAGGCCUUACCAGUUCUAUCAGUUCGUCCCCUUUAAAUAUCACCUGUUGGGAGAGGGGAGAAUAUCUUCUUCCAGUCUGGAGGCAUUCUAGACGCACAGAACAAAGAUGGAGGGGCAAGAGCCUGCUGCCACCCAGUUAGAAGUAUUUCCUUCUGCUGUUGAGGCAGAGAACAAUAGAGCAUUCUGGGAGGACCCUUGGAGGAAAGACCAGAAGAGCAAACCCGUCCAUUCAGACCUUCAGUGCCAGCACUUCCGGCAUUUCCGCUACGAGGAGGCCUUGGGGCCCCGGGAGGUUUGCAGCCGCCUCCACUCUCUCUGCCACCUGUGGCUGAAGCCAGAGAAGCACUCCAAGGCAGAGAUGCUGGACCUGGUGCUCCUGGAGCAGUUCCUGGCCGUCCUUCCUGCGGAGAUGGAGCGCUGGGUGAGGGAAUGUGGGGCAGAGACCAGUUCCCAGGCCGUAGCUUUGGCUGAAGGAUUCCUCCUGAGUCAGGAAGAGGAGAGGAAGCGGGAGAAGCCCCAGGUGCAGAACUGUUUUCCAGAUGAGACCAGUCAGGUGGAGGAGUCUCCUUCAGACACCAUGCGCGUUGCCCAGACUGUAAAUGGAGAAUAUGUCACAGUUGGCAGUGAAACAUGGGGAAUUGAUAGUUGCACAACCUUUCAUGAUUCUCUUCUAAGACGAGAUUCUGCAGGACCAGAUCAGAUAACUUUUUUUUGGCCUCAGGUGACUUUUGAAGACGUGUCUGUGGAUUUCUCAGAGGAGGAGUGGACCCUCUUGGAUCCAAGCCAAAAAGCCUUGCACCAGCAACUCAUGGAGGAGAAUUUAGGGAUUGUGUCAUCUUUGGAGGAGACAAAAUUCCAUUUGGAAGAUGGAAUGAAUUUUAAUUGGAAGGAAGGACCUACCUUUUGUCAAGAAACUCACACAAGAGAUAAACCAUUUAAAUGCUUGGAAUAUGAAAAGAACUUCAGUCAGAAAUCAAACCUUGUUCACCACCAGACAACUCACACAGGAGUAAAGCCAUUUAAAUGCUUGCAGUGUGGAAAGAGUUUCUGUUCAAAGACAGGCUUUGUUCAUCUUCAAGCAACUCACACAGGAGAAAGACCAUUUAAAUGCUCAGAGUGUGGAAAGAGCUUCUUUCAGAAGUCAAACCUUGUUCAUCAUCAGAAAACUCACACAAAAGAGAAACCAUUUAAAUGCUCAGAGUGUGGAAAGAGUUUCCGUUGGAAGACAGGCUUUGCUUAUCAUCAGGCAACUCACACAGGAGAGAGACCAUUUAAAUGCUCAGAGUGUGGAAAGGGCUUCAUUAAGAAGAAAGACCUUGUUCGCCACCAGAAUAUUCACCCAGGAGAGAAACCAUUUCAGUGCUUGGAGUGUGGAAAGAGUUUCACCUGGAAGACUCUCCUUGUUAGUCAUCAGGCAACUCACACAGGGGAGAGUCUGUUUAAAUGCUCAGAAUGUGGAAAGAGCUUCAAUCAGAAGAGUAAUCUUGUUCGCCAUCAGAAAACUCACACAGGAGAGAAACCAUUUCAGUGCUUGGAGUGUGGAAAGAGUUUCCGUUGGAAGACAUGCUUUGUUAAUCAUCAGGCAACUCACACAGGGGAGAGACCGUUUAAAUGCUCAGAGUGUGGAAAGGGCUUCAUUAAGAAGCAAGACCUUGUUUGCCACCAGAAAAUUCACACAGGAGAGAGACCAUUUAAUUGCUUGGAGUGUGGAAAGAGUUUCAGCUGUAAGUCGGUCCUUGUUUAUCAUCAGGCAAGUCACAAAAGGGAGAGACGGUUUAAAUGCUCAGAGUGUGGAAAGGGCUUCAGUCAGAAAGGUAACCUUUUUCGCCACGAGAAAACUCACACAGGAGAAACACCAUUCAGAUGCUUAGAGUGUGGAAAGGGCUUCAGUCAGAAGGGAAACCUUUUUCGCCACGAGAAAACUCACACAGGAGAAACACCAUUCAGAUGCUUAGAAUGUGGAAAGGGCUUCAAACGGAAGAUAGUCCUUGCUUGUCAUCAGGCCACUCACACAGGAGAGAAAUGCCCUGAGUGUGAAAAGAGCUUCUGAAAGAAGUCACACCUUGUUCGUCAUCAUUCAGCUCACACAGGAGAGAGACCAUUUAAAUGCCCUGAAUGUAGAAGGAGCUUCUGUCAGCAAUCAGGCCUUGUUCAUCAUCAGAAAACUCACACAGACGAGAAACCAUUUUAAUACUUAAGAGUCUAGAAGGAGCUUCAGUCAGAAGGCAGUCCUUGUUCAUCAUCAGGAGACAAAUUGAAACCAUAUGCUUAGAGAGUGGAAAGAGUGUUAAUGAGAAGCAAACCCUUCGUAAACAUGAAAUUGGAAAAAAAACAUUUAAAUGCUCAAGAGUGAAAAGAGCUUCAGUCAGAAGCAAUGUUCUUUGUCAGUAUGCAGCUAACACAGGGGGGAAAUAAUUUAUACGCUUGGAGUGUGGAAGGAGCUUCAAUCAGAAUACUUCAUGCAGUUCACCAACCAAAAUGAUUAGCAUCAAAAGAGCGUCUGUCAGAAGAUUCAUUUCACUUCACUUCACAUUAAGCAUCCAGCACAGGGGAACAACUAUUUAAUUCUUCAGAGUGCUGGUAGAGCUGGAGUAAGACAAAUUCUAUUCUUUUACAUCAGAGAGGAAAUGAAUCUUUGUCUUAGAAACACCGAGUUACAAAGCCAUGGUAUUUGGGGAAAUAAUAACCUAGAAUCAUAGAAUAAUAGAGUUGGAAGAGACCAUAUGGGCCAUCUGGUCCAACCCCCUGUCAUGCAGGAAAAGCACAAACGUGAUCAAUUUUCUUUGAUGAAAUGUGUAAUUAAGCAUAAAUGUUAAUAUUUUGAGAGCUAACAUAUUUCAAGUUUUUAAUCCACUGAUGAAUACUGGUUACUGCAGAUAUUUCCUGUCCUGUUAAUUCAGGGUUAAAAAUAUAUUUAAAUGUUUGAUGAGAAGUGUGGGAAUGGGUUGAUUCAUGACUAAUAGCCCUGUGUAUUAUGUAAUUCUAUGUAUGUGGUAGGGGGUUUUCUUUUAUGAAAUUGUUUUCCAUCCAUAAAUGUGUACUGGAUAUUUCUUGUCCUAUUUAUAACUUAUAAAUAAUAGAAAAAUUA